AUGGUCAGCUCCUGCUGUGGCUCCGUCUGCUCUGACCAGAGCUGUGGCCGAAGUCUCUGCCAGGAGACUUGCUGCCAGCCCAGCUGCUGCCAGACCACCUGCUGCAGGACCACCUGCUGCCGCCCCAGCUGUGGUGUGUCCAGCUGCUGCCGGCCCCAGUGCUGCCAGCCCACCUGCCCUCGUCCCACCUGCUGCAUCUCUAGCUGCUGCCGCCCCUCCUGCUGUGGGUCCAGCUGUGGCUCCAGCUGCUGCAGGCCUACCUGCUGCAUCUCCAGCUGCUGCAGGCCCCAGUGCUGCCAGCCCACCUGCCCUCGCCCCACCUGCUGCAUCUCUAGCUGCUGCCGCCCCUCCUGCUGUGGGUCCAGCUGUGGUUCCAGCUGCUGCAGGCCUACCUGCUGCAUCUCCAGCUGCUGCAGGCCCCGCUGUUGCCAGCCUGUGUGCUGUCAGCCCACCUGCUCCCGCAUCUCCAGCUGCUGCCGCCCCUCUUGCUGUGGCUCCAGCUGCUGCCGCCCAAGCUGCUGUCUGCGCCCAGUGUGUGGCCGGGUCUCCUACCACACCACUUGCUAUCGUCCCACCUGUGUCAUCUCUACCUGCCCCCGCCCUGUGUGCUGUCCCUCCUCUUGCUGCUAA